AUGAGUUCGUUGAGCUGGCGAUAUUGCCUGCACAUUGCGUAUUACGGGACGGGAUUUGUCGGGUGGCAACGACAGCAGCUGAAGACACAAAAAAGCGUGGAGUUGAAAAGUGUGCAGGAAGUGGUAGAAGAUGCAGUCACAGAGACUUUGGGGGCUUCUGAUCGGGUCAACGUCACUGGAGUCAGCCGCACAGACGCUGGCACCCACGCGCUAUAUCAAUAUGGUUUCAUACGACUCAGUUCGAAGCUGCAAAUGACACUAGACGAAUUUAAAAAUCGCAUCAAUUUGAAACUGGAAAGUGAUCGUGUAGUGGUGCAUGGCGUAACAAUACCGUCAAAUGGUCCGACGCGAAUACGAUCUCGCUACAAGAAGUAUAUUUACUACUUGCAGCAAGGUGAUCGACCAGAUCUUGACCAAGGAAAGUACUCGUGGUAUCUUGGUAGACGACUCGACAUUCAACAAAUUAAUCAGGCACUUAAAUAUAUAGAAGGAACACACGAUUUCAGACCAUUCUCGCAAGGACUUCGAAAACCGCAGUUUGAGGAUAUGACAACAAUACGGACUGUGAUUUCCGCUAAGGUGGUCAUUCGAUGCAAUGUCAAAUUUUCGCUGGAUCCAAAGGUGUGUGGAAGGGGCGAAGUCCUUCACUCUGAAUAUUUGAAUCGCCGCAAGCAAAGUCCCAGCAGCUUGGAUGAAAGCCAUGGCGAUUGCCAACAUGUAACUUGUAUUGAACAAAUAAGGAAGACCGGCAAAGGCCGAGAAGACACGCCGGUAUACUUUGUCUGCAUCGAGCUUGUUGCUAAUGGCUUUUUGCGGCAUAUGGUAAGGCGCAUCAUCGGGACAUUGCGGCCAAUUGGCGAAGGAACCCAGCCGCCAUAUCAAAUGCAAAAUGUUCUUGCUGGUGUUGCCCAAGCUGGUCCGUCCGCACCGGCAAAAGCUCUUUGGUUGCAUUGUACUUGGUUGUCGCAAGAGGAUUAUGAUGCAGACAAUAGACAUAUAGAUUGA